AUGACACCCAUUCAACCCGCCUGGCAAGCCAGAGCCUCAGCCAAGCGCGAGGCGAUCCUCUCCGCCAUUCCCACCGAAUGGCGCGUCCCCGCUCCCAUCCCCACCCUCGACAUCCAACUCAAUGUGACCGGAACAUACAUCCAGCAAUAUCUUUCCCCGCGGGAGAUUGAAAUCACUGAGUCCGACGCCGAGGACAUCGUCUCUCACACGACAACGGGCACAUGGACCGCAGUGGAGGUCGCAUCGGCCUUCUGCCACCGUGCAGCCCUGGCUCACCAGCUCGUCCCCUGCCUGCUUGAAAUCUGCUUCGACCGCGCUCUGUCCACCGCAAAAGAACUAGACAGCUACUUCACCACCCACCAAAAGCCUCUAGGCCCACUACACGGCCUCCCCAUCAGCCUCAAAGACCAAUUCCACAUGUCGGGGGUGGAAACGACCAUGGGCUACGUAGGCUGGAUCGACACCUUCGAAGGGAAGCCACGCACCUCUCUCCCGCCCCACGAAAGAGACCAAGAAAGCGAACUGGUCCGCCUCCUCCGCGCCAGCGGGGCAGUCUUCUACUGCAAGACCAGCGUCCCGACCACCCUGAUGGCCGGGGAAACCUGCAACAACAUCCUGGGGUACACGUACAACCCGGUCAACCGCCACCUCUCCGCGGGGGGCAGCUCGGGUGGGGAGGGGGCAUUGCUGGCGCUGCGGGGCUCGACGGUGGGGUUCGGGACGGAUAUCGGCGGGAGCAUCCGCGUCCCCGCCGCCUUCAAUGGGAUCCACGGCCUGCGGCCCUCGGCCGGGCGCUUGCCCUUCGAGGGAGUGGCCAAUUCGAUGGAUGGGCAAAACACUAUCCUUUCGGUAGUCGGCCCGAUGGCGACCAGUGUCCAGGGACUCAAGCUGUUGGUGCAGGCGGUGCUGGCGCAGGAGCCGUGGUUUGUGGAUCCCUUGGUGGUGGAGAUGCCCUGGCGCCAUGCGGUGGAGGAGCGCGUACGGGCUGCGGCGAAGGACAAGGGGCUUGCUUUUGCGAUCAUGGAGGAUGAUGGCACGGUAAGACCCCAUCCGCCAGUUCAGCGGGCGCUGGGGUUGGUAAAAUUGUUGUUGGAGCAAAAAGGCCACCGGGUUAUCGAUUGGAAUCCCCCGAGUCAUGCCACAGCUUUCGAUAUUGCGAUGCAAGCAUGGCACAUGGACGGCGGAACAGACGUCCAAGCCCACCGCGCGCUCGCCGGCGAGGAACAGCUCCCUGAGUGCUUCUUGCAGCCGAGUGCGCACCUCAGCGCUGCACAGGUGGCAGCCCUGAAUGUCAAGAAGCGCAACUAUCAGAAAGCGUACAUGGACUACUGGAACUCCACGGCCACACUCACCGGGACCGCACGGCCGGUGGACGCGCUGAUCUGCCCAGCUUGCCCUUCAGUGGCGGUCCGACCAGGCAAGUUUAAGUACGGGGUGUAUACCACUUUUGUCAAUGUCCUCGACUAUUCCAGUGCGGUUCUCCCGGUCACGAAAGUGGAUUGCGUGGUGGAUGGGGAGCACAGACCGGCUGUGCCCUUGAGUGAGAUGGAUGCUGAGGUUCAGGCAGACUAUGACUGCGACGAUUGCCAUGGCUCUCCAGUUGCGCUGCAGCUGGUGGGUCGCCGCUUCGAAGAGGAGAAGGUGCUGAGUCUGGUUCAGUACGUUGAGGGUCUUAUCAAUGAGGCUACCCAGAGGAUGUAG